AUGAUCAAGCCGUUCGUCAGCAUAGUGGUCGCGAGUGUGGUGGUUGCCUGUGUCGGUGCGUUCUUCGUGCCUACGGUUCCAACAUGCCCGAACAAGUGUUGCAACAAACUGCAACCGGUGCCCGUAGUGCAGCAUCAUCUCCCAGUCCCGGUGCAGGUUGAGGUGCAUCAGACAAGUCCGAGCUACCGGCCUGCUUCCUUCCUCGAGCUUACCGAGAUCGUGCUCGAUUGCUUCAAUACGCUGCGCAUCCCGCUGCAACGAUUCCCGUCGUAUUUGUCGGGCAACUUCCCCGACGAUGCGGAAACCAAGUGCUUCCUGCGCUGCAUGGCUAUCAAGUUAGGCGUGUACUGCGACGAGACCGGUGCCGAUCUGGACCGGCACUGCCUGCAAUUCGGAUUGGGCGAAUGCUGCGAGAACUUCGCAAAUCGGCACCUGGUUUGUCUGCAACAAAAUUCGCUCCCUUGCCCGGAUCGCUGUACCGCCGCGUACAAACAGGAGCUUUGUUUCCAGGAGCCGAUAGCCAAGUAUCUGGACUACCACUUCCAGCAACUCGUCGGCUUGCUGCACCAAGCCAAGUGUAGCCAUGAUCUGAAAAUGCUGCACCCUUAA